UUUGGCCACUUUCCCCUCGUUGGGCCGGAGCGAGCUGGGGAGCGAUAUGACGGUUCGCGCAGCGUUGAAGAAGGCGCUGACCGCGGUGCUGCCAGCCGGGCACACCAAUUUUAGGCUUCAGAACGACUUCCGCAUCGAUCGAUUCCCUGGCGUGCCGUCGGGCGCCAAGAAAACGGGUCCAGAAGCGGUAGACGAGACGAAUGGUUACGUGCGAUGGCGCGUCGCGGUGACAUUCAACGUCAACAGCACUUCGCAAGAAGAAGUGGAGGGAUCCUUUAACGUCUGCGAGGACCCGGCUUCGUGCGAUGCAACAACCACGGUCCUGCGCGGUGAGCUCACCAAGCCAGCAAACGUGACCGUGUUUUCCCAACCGCUUUUGGGGGCCAUGAAGGUGAUGCGCGCACAGAUUCUGGACUUUUCCGCGUUUCACGAAGUCAAACCAAACUCAACCGACGUGGCGCCCUGGGUGUACGCGGCGGCGCACCUGCUGGCCACUCGGGUUCGAGUGGAGGAGGACAUGAAGGAAAAGAAGCUGUUUGAGAAGACCAUGCUGGAGACUUUGAAGGAGCUGAGCCAAGCCGCGAAAACGAGGAACACGAAGAAAAUGGCGUUUCUAGGCGCAGAAGCAGAGCACCGCCGCGCGGCCGCGCUGGCUCGCGUGAUGCUUUCCGGAAAGAAGAACCGUGAUUUCCUGAAGAAGGCAUUUGACGACGCGGACUUCGCAGCGAGGUUCUGGACCACACAGCAGAAGCUCUCUGAAGACGUCGACUCACUGCGGGCACCUGUUGCGGUGAGCUUAAAUUUCUUGAAACACUUCUUUAGAAAGAUCAUACGAAUUUCCUUUCGUGUGGUUGUCGAAGGUCGCACAACUUUGUCUCGUUCUGCACAUCAAUUUCGUUUCUACUCCUUCAACAUUUUUACAGGAACUCGCAGAAGCGAGUGUCAACAAGACCCUGGCAGAGGACAACAAGGCAGAGCAGGAGCAGAUUAUCGCCGACACCACGCGCGCAAUACCCAAAAUUUUAUCUUUAUGGAAGCUUGCGAACAGUGACGAAGACAUUCCCCAAGCGACCAAGGACAUGCUGCGCGAGCGCGUGGAGUACAAUCAAGAUCGCAAAGCCACCGCCAUCAUCGACCUGGACCUCGCGAAGGAGGACCUCGCGGAGAAGACAAAAAUCAAGGAGCAAAAAGCAGCAGCGUUGAAGAAGCGGCGCGCGGAGGUGACCAAAACCGCCACGGAGUUGCGCACGAAGCUGGUCGCCCAGCUGGACAAGAAGGCCUCUGAGGCGAAGAGUAAAGCGGACGAGGCGCGCGCCCUGCCCGGGCUCGUACCGCAGGACCGCCUCGUGCGCGAGAAGAAGGUAAAGGAGGCGCUGUUGGGCGUCACGCGGGCGACGGCGUUGCAGAACGCGCAGAAGAAGGUGCAGGGGUAUCUCAGCUUCAACGCGGAGUACAUCGAAUCCGUCAGCGCGCUGGGGGAGGCGACGCAAGACCUGCUGCUCCAGGAGUCCAAGCUGUUGAAGCGUAUGGAGGACGUGGUGACCUGCAUGCGGAAGGGGAUUAUGACGGAGAAGCAGCGGGAGGAGAUGGUGAACGCGAAAAAGGAGAAAGCGUUGAGUCUGCUGGAAAUCAUCCGAACGACGCUGUCGCCACCGCUGUCGUUUUCGUCCCGAAGGAGCACAGCGCGCAAGGGGAAGACGUCCUCUAAAGGCAGUAGAAGCCGCGGUGGACCACCGUCCGCGGCUCCAGCAUCGCUGGCGCUUCUGCAGCUGGACCAGACUCCUCCUGCUGCCGCCCCGAAUGCAGCACCUGGUGCAACUGCAAAUGCUAGUGCAACGGCGGGGCAGCCCUCGGCCGGAGCGGGACAGAAUGCCACUGAGGAGGAAGCGAUGCCUUGGGACCAGGCAGAGGACCGGUCCUGCACGGAAGAAAGGUCGGCGUACACCAACCAAACGAUGCUGGUUCGAAAACUGCGGGAAGAACGGCGGGCGGUCGAGCAGUACAUGAAAUUGGUCCAGCAGCGGGCUGACCUCACGGCUGCGGCGUUGUCGUUGGGAGCCGCGGAGUCCGAAGUCGAGGAGAGUGCAGUGGUCGCGGAACGCCACCAGCUUGCCUUCCGCGAGUCGGUGGAUUUCGUGAACCGGGGCAAAGCGAACUUGGUCGAGCUGCAGCAACAGGUGUUGCUGACAGAUGCGGCAGUAGCGGGAAGCUACUACGCGAACAAAACGCUCGUAGACGAGGCGGAGUCGAUGUUGCAUCUCUUUGCGCGUGCGGUCGUAAGUUCGGGUCGCAUGUACAGUCGCAUGCGGGUGACCCGAGCACGAAAAAUUUUGGCCAGGAAGCGGCAGGCGAUGCUGACGGCACAAGUCGACAAAGACCGAGAGAACGCGGUGCGGACCCGCAUGGCGGCGCGCAUGCGGGGCCUGGAAAAAGCUUGUCGAAGGGCCACGCAGAUCCAAAGGGAGGAUGCAGCGGCCAAGAGGGAGAAGCAGUUGGAAGCUGGGACGACUUCCGUGACGGAGGAGGAAUCAUCCGCAGGUCCUCUGCCCCCUCUGCAGUGCGAAGCAGCGAUUGCGGAGCAGACGGUGCUGCAGGAUGUGCGGCACGGACGCUACGUCCGGAGUCUGCAGGUCGCGGCAGAGAAGCGGCUCCGGUUUCGUGUGUCUUCCUUCGAGUUUCGUGCGGAGAAGGCACAACAGCAGCUGCAGAACAGCCAAGACCAGCAGGCACAAUCCAGUCCGAAGGCAUCUCCGUUUAAGAGCACGCAGCAGAAGUCGGCCGAUAGUGCGGCGCAGCAAGGAACUUCUACAGGCAAUGGGACCAACACAACUACCGGAAAUGAAACAACCAAGCCCGAGCAUAUCGAUGUGAUGAAGAACAUGAAGGCAGCGGUCGGCUUUUUUGAUGAUUUGUUGCAACGCAUCAAAGGCGACGAAAAGAACGAGAUUGCCGAGAUCCUGCUUUUGCUUCGCGGAACCGAGAACUUGUUCGUUGACUCGAGUGUCGCCAAGGCGACAGCCACUGCCACCGCGGACGAGCAGCUGUGGAGCAACUCUACCGCGGCCGUGCGAUCCUCGCGCGACGAAUUUUUGCGGGUACAGGGGGAUGUGCUUCGCGCGGGAGAUGAGUGGGCCCUUGCGAAGAACAAAGAGAAGGCGGAGAUGAAAGAGGUGUUCAAGCUGGGCUACGCCUACGCCGAUGCUGCGCAGACGGAGGACAGAGCGAAAGAGCAGCUAGACAAAGCGGAGCACACCACCGACGUGUGGGCCCUGGAACUCGCGCGAGCGCAGGCAAAGGAGGUGCAGCUGCUCAGCGAGAGGUUCGCGUUGGACUCGAAGAACACACGGGAAGUUGUCGCUGAAGUCGUCUUCGGUUCGCUUCGCGACACGGAGAAGUUCGUCGACAUGAUGGGCAUAUCGAAAGACCCUGAGGAGUCUGACGAAGACAAACAGGCACAACCAGCCGGCGGGGGAGGAAAGUUUUUACAACUACACUCCGGCGGUCCGGAAGGUGCUGCCUUGUUGCAGCUGUCAAGUUCGAGUCCAUUAUCCUCAGAAGUGCAGGAAAGAAAGAAACAAGCGCCCGUCACGGUCACGCCGCCGAGCAUUAUCGCGUCCGAAGCGGAAGAUGCGUUGCAAGCGAACGACGAUGACCAGCCGCUUCGCUCUGCGCAAGGGGACCUCGUGUUGCUGCAAACCCGCGUGAAUGAGAUCGGCGGAUCCCUAGCAGCCCACACGACCGGAACAAGAGACACUAACCUUGUAUCCUUAAUGCAGACCUCCCAGGGGGUGGGGGACUCGACCGGGUGGCCGUCGUGGAUGGGGCUGAACUUCGGCUCGGACGAUCCUGCGCCCGGCUUGGCGCAGAAGCAAACCACGGAGCUGGCGGCAGCGGAGGAAAGUAAGCUGGACGCGGUGCAAGAGCAAGUCCAAAGCCCCCCUGCGCCCUCGCCCUUGACGGACUUCGCGCCAAGAUUGGGGCGGGCGGCGCGAAACUACGCCGCCGUGUCCGCGAUGGUGAUCCGGAUCGAAAACGACCGGUUGCGCGCACAGUCCCUCGCGGAAGUGGCCGAAGGCAAGGAGAAGUACGCCGCUGCGAAGUGGACCCUACACCGCGUCCGGAAGGAAGUCAAGGACGGCUUCCGCUUAAUCGAGGCCCAGCAGGAAGUCGCGAAGGCUCUGCUGCAGCGCGUCAAUACAAGUUGCAACUUGGCGGCGGGGAAGCAGGAGCCUUUGGUGGACCAAACGCUGCCCACAGUGGACGUGUACAAGGAAAUCGAGUGGGGUGCGCAAAAUGCCUUCGGGGGAAACAAGAAGGAAGGCGUGACUUUCACGGGCCUCUUGCAGAUCCGUCAUGUCGGUAUUGAUUCUGGUGGUCUGCAGUUCGGGGAGCACGAAGCGUCUUGUGCGGAGCCGCUGUCCGCGUCGAGGCUGUCGCACGUCGAUCAUGUGUUGCAGACGAACGCCGCGCUGCUGCAAGCGAUGAAGACCAGCACCACGCACCGCAAUUCGAAGACCACGCGCAAGAAGGAACACAAAAACAGGCAAACACCACCCAGCGGUAAUGCAACCGCGGGCGCGCCUGGUGCUGCAGGGUCUACUACAGGAUCUACAACCGGAGGAGCCGGUGUGCUGUCGGGUGCGGGUCCCGCUGGCGCGGGGGCACCAGGAGGAAACACGACAGCACCCGUGGUUGUACCCACCGGCCCGCUGCAAGGUAGUGGUGCUGGCGCGACAGUCCCGGGCGCUGCCGCAGGUGUUGCUUCAAACGGAACUGCCGUGGGAGGGAUGAAUGGAACAAGCGGAGGUGCGAACGAUACAAAUGCAACUGCCGCAGCUCCCGUCGACGGGUGUGCGCAGUCCAAGCGAGCGUUGCGGGACGCGAUCUUGGAGUACGAGCGUCGCGUCGAGGCUUUCGGGCGACGCUACGAGUUGUUGACUUCGGCGCGGAACGACCUCGCGGUGGCACGCGCGGAGCGUCAGUUAGCAGUCGAAAGCGCCAAUUUGCUCAUUUUCCAGACCGCCUUGCAGCUGGGUGACAACGCCAACGGUUUGGAAGCGUUUGUGCAGCUUUCCGUAGCCCGCGCCACCCGCCGGGUGUCGGUUGCGCGGCAAACUUUGCUUCUGACCAAGGCCAGCAUUCAUCUGUUCCGGAUGCGGCAGCAGUACCUGGACAGCCAGCGUACGGGCGACAAGGUUUUCCUAGACACGCAGAAGGAGCUGCUGGUUUGGGACGAGAAAAUGUUUUCGGACAGUGCUGCGAACGUUCUGCAAGCGUACGAGCGCGCGGUCGACUUGGCGCGCGAGGACUACAAGAAACAGAAAGGCCUGGCCAACACCACCAGCGCAGUUACGAACGCUGCACCAGCGUCGGUCUUGGCGCAGCAGCGAAAGCUGGACGCGGCGCGGCGCUUUCGGCUUCUCGCACUGCAGGAGUUGCAGGCCUUCAAAUUUCAAACGGAGUUGCAAAAGCUCCAGAAGACCGCACUGAAAAACGCAGAUUUAGACGCCGGCUCUAGUGGUGGGGCAGCGGCAGGAGCACCAGCAGCAGGGGCCGCUGCCAGCGGUGGACAGCAAGCCGGAGCUGCUUUUUUGCAAAUGGAGCGACGCGGGCAACAAGGGGGGCAUGACCACCUCGGUUUUGAUGCGAACGGGGUCGUCAAUCAUGGGUCCUCUGGCCUGCCGCUGCUGCGAGUGGAUUCGGAUCUGGCGGCCGCUGCACAAGAGGUAGCCACAGAUCUCGGGUUCGACACCACGGUGCAAUCAGACACUAAGGCGCUUCUGGAAGACGAGGAGGAUGACGCACCCGCCUACAGUCCCGUCGUGCAAAUUCUAGGCCCCCCGACGCGACCCCGCCGUGCCUCGUCGACGGUACCGGUGGCAAGUGCUGUCGAAGCCGGUUCAUCCGGUGUUCCACAGACGAUGUUCCACGCCGAAGGAGCCGACGGGGAGAUCGACAAUACCGUUCCGGACGUACCGGCGCGGCGUGUGCACGCCGGCGUGUCGGACGACGAGGCGCUCCGUCUCGCCGCCAUGAGCACUGAUGAUGGCAUGAUGACACCGCAUAUUACCAUGGCAGAUGCGAUUGUGGAGCCCGUCACGAUGCCUGUCAGGGCGGCGGUACCGGCGGAGCAUAAUCAUCGUCCUGUUGCCGCAGAAGUUGUAGUUAGACCAGUUGUGCCUCCGCCUGUACCUGUAUCUGUAGACGGUAUUGAUAGCAGGAUUGCAAGAACUACUACCGGGAGGACUGAAGAUCAUUCUGCAGCGGUGUCAGGGGAGAAGACGGGGAUGCUGAACCUUGCGGAAGUGGACGCGGGGAAAAAAAUUGGAAAGAAAGAAAGCGUCACUGAGUCGGAGUCUGGUCGCGAAGUCGCUGCAGCGGGAGCAAGUGCUGAGCCAGCGAAGAAAAGCAAUCAACGUGGCCCUUUGGAUCAUCAGCUCCCGGGCAUCAAGAAGAAAGAUCACGCCGACGAAGCUGGAACUGCUCCAACGGCGGUUCGUACACCUCAAUCAACCGCACCUGAUGCAGAUAUUGUGCGGCGCGCGACGCGGCAUGCAGAGCCUGGGUUGGUUGCGGUUGCGCCAUCCGUUUCCAACGCCAGUGUUGACUCGAUGCCAGCAGAAGAAGUUUCAAUCAUACGCUCAUCACCGGCGAUAGAAGCAGUAUCGCGGCCGCUCGGCAAAAAGGAAGAAGUGAAAAACGAUUUGGCCCUGCAGACCGAAAGAAUCACGAACACGGCCCUUCCUGCUGAGGUCAGCAACGUACAGCAAACGUUAGGUAUCUGGCCUGCCUCGCUCCUGAGUGUGGAUGAAGAUCAUUCCUCCGCAAGAACGGAAGACGCCAAGGCUGAUCCGAAACCCGUCAAAUACGUGGCCCCUUCUGCACUUUGGGGCCCCGCGGCCGCGCAGGCCAAAGCGGACGCCGCGAAGGCCGCCUACGCCGCGAGCCUCGCAAAGCAGAAGGCGGCCCAAGUGAAGGCUUCCGUGUUGAAAGCGAAGGGACUACCCACCACGACGGACCCCAAGGCACAGAAACUUGCCGCGCAGGCAAAACUGGCCGUGGGGACAAUCCAGGGCACUCCCAUUUCCGGAACGUCAAGUUCCGGAACGUCGGGGCCGCAACCGCCCUUCCCCGCCUCACCGAACGCAAACGCGGCCCAGAUUGCCAUGUCCGCGAUGACGGGGGCGCAAGCGCCUGCCCCCGCUACCGCGGCCGCGGCUUUGCAGCCCAAGCUGCCUCGUGUGGUCCAGCUGUCGCGCGGAACCGUCGACGAGACGCAGAAAGACUUGCAACGCAUGGGCAUGCGCGCGGACAGCACGCGCCUCCUCGGGCAGGCCGUCCGACAGGCGAGUCUGGUGGAACUGCUGGGUUUCCAGGCGGCGUUUAAGAACGCAGAUCUCGCGGUCGAGGAUGUAAAGCAAGCGAUCGACGCCGCGGGAGACGGUCUCACCAAGGUGAAGGUGCGGACCGCGUUGACGCGUGGCGUGGUGGUGAUGCAGAAAUUGCUGGAUACGGCCCGCGUGGGCAUCGCGGCGCGCAACUCGCAAACGCAGGCCGAGGCGGAGGCGUACUUGAUCAAGCAGCGGACGUUCCGCGACCUGUUGAAGCAGAACCAGCAGGACUUGUUCAAAGAAACGCAGGAGGCGCGCAAGAAGCUAGAGGUGAACAAGGUGGUGUUUCUGGACUACAAGCGACAGGAGAUGCAGAGUCACAUGGCGGACGCGCGGAUGGACGUUGCGCUGGCGCAGACCUGGAUUAUCACGCUGGCCGCGCGCGCGCAGCUGGACACCGCUGCCGGAUCCGUGGCGCGGGCGCAAAUGACCGAGAUUCGCGCGGAGCACUUCGCGAACCAGGCGGUAAACGAAGCCAACGAGCUUCAAGGUCUGUUAGGAGGGGCCGUCGGGGGCGUCGUCAGCAGUGUGCCCGGGCUCAGUGCAGUUGCGAACGCCACUUCCGGCGUGGUCGCAAACAUGACUCCGGGACGGAAGCUUGCAAUCGACGCUGCGAACGCUGUGGUCGAGGCGCAGGGACGCCUUUCUCUGGCGGUCAACCGAACCGGCGCUCUGCAAGACUUCAAGAAAUACCUGGAGGGCAAGCAGGCCGCAUCCUAUGACCGCAUGACCACCUUGCUUGAUGACGCAAUAGCGCAGGCUGAGGCUGCGUCAGCUGCGGAAGAAGAGCGGAAGGUAUUUUUUUCAAUCUUUCUUACCUUGAGAGUUGAAGACUUCUUAAGGGUUUUCUAGGAGAAAACUUCACCACCAAAUUUUAAAUUUACAACAUCUGCAGGGUGUCCAUGAGAGCCGAGUGACGGCCGCGGAAGCGCGUUUGCAGGUCUCUGAAGAAACCAGGGAUACAGCAAAGCCAGGGCUGCUCGUGGCAGAAGAGGCGACGAAGCUUGCCAAGCAGGCACUGGCUGACCCAGCUCUGCAAGGCAACACGGACCUGUACAAUAAAGCGAAAGCCGCAGCGAUGGCCGCAGAGGUGCAGGAAGACGCAGCCAGGGACGAGUACGAAAAGCUGGAGGUGUUUGUGCGGGUCAGCAAGAAUGCUUUGCGCCAAGAAAAACAGAUUUUGACCAAGAUUGCAUUGCGGAUGCUCAACUUGGCCGAACGUAAGGCAACCCUGGAAAACCUGAAGCAGCGCAUGGGCGUCUACAUGGAGGAUCGCACUACUCGGACGACGCGAAUAGAGUCCAUUUCGCACGCAGUUGCCGCGUACUACUCAGUGCUCGAAGCGAAUGAAGAGGUACUUAUCUUCUUUGGGCCGCCCUGUUGAUGCCGAUGCAAAGUCGUAGGUGGCUUCUGGGCUUUAACACACACAACUAUCAUGCAUGCUGUCUAAAAGGUUCUGAUGAUGAAAAUAAGGUUAUUACACAGACCUCCACACAAGAAAACCACAACAGACCGGCGGGACCUCGACGAGUCUUUCCACGGCGGAAUCCACCAAAUGGACUGCCUUCUUGCAGACGUGGGAGACGGUAAAAGAAGAUCCGUUGGAGAGCAUGACGCACUUCGCGGUGGAGAACAAGCAGUCGGCCGCGGUGCGCGCGCGGUUUCGGCGUCGGGACAGCCGGGAUGCCUUGAUGCGGCGGGUGCAGGACUGGCGGUCCAUGAACGCCCUGCGGAACCAGCUCCAGAGCGGCUUCAAGGCGCUGGAGGACAAGAUGAAAACCGCGCCCGCGGACGAGCAGGAGAAGUUGAAGGCCAAGCAGGAUUUGCUGACGGCCGAGCUGAAGGCGAAGUUCGAGGAGCACAAGACGCUGCUCGUAGAGAUCGGGGAGGCGGAGAAGAGCUUCGUCUCCGCGCAGCGGCUCGACGUGCUGCGGCGGGCCGAGGCCAUGGAGUCCUACGCGAAGGAGCUGUACCUGAACAGCACCGACGGGACCGCCCUGGACCAGGACCGCUUGCGGUUGAACUACGAAGCGAAGAGCGCCAACCUGGAAGUGGCCCAGCGGGCGGUGUGGGAGCUGAUGGCUGCCGUCGGGAAGUACGAGAAGAAGAUCGUCCAGGAGGCGACGGAAGAGCGCGGCGAGUCGGAGCGCGCCUACGUGGAGAAGGCGGAGGCGAUCUCCGACGCGCUGAGCGCGAGCGCGGACGAGGCCAAGAAAAGCAAGGAGGAAACGUGCCUGUCCUACGGGGAUUCGGCCACCGAGUGCGAGGCCGCCACGCGAGCGUUGGACAAGGUGCAGGCGCGGAUCGACGAGGUGCAAGCGGCGUUGAAAAUGAACAAACUGCGCACGGUAGAGGAGGAUAAAUGCCGCACCGCCCGGAACGCGCUCCUGGUCUACCGCAAGUCGCCGAGUGCCACCGACAAGCGGCUCGCCUGGUCCACGGCGCUGAUUGACUGUAACGUGGCGCGGUCGGAUACGUUCAGUAGUCUACUGAAGGACGAUCUGCAAGAGGGUGUGGCCUGCGAGAAGGAGUUUGCGCCGGCUGUGAAUCCGCGCUGCACGCGGAAAAUCGAACGCGCAAAACAGGCACUGGAAGAGCACACACUCAGCGCAAACUGCGAGGCGCUCGAAGCGCGGUCCAACGUGCUGGGUGCGGGUUUGCGCGAGGCCGCCAAAGUCGCCGCUGCCGACAAGUCACCGGAGAAUUUAGAAAAAGCGGGGAAGAAGCUCCUGCAGCUCGAGGAGACGCUGCGAAAAAUGGCCGAAAACAGCUGCAACGCGGACGAUGACAGUCUGAAUGUCGUACAGGCAGAGGCGGCGCUUCUCUGCUCUCCGCCCGGGUUAGACUGUCUACGCGAGGCCGCUGGGAGUAGUAAUAGUACAACGACUGCGGCGCCAUCGCUGUUCUUGCAAACCAGGAGAGUAGACGACGUUCAUGAUGUAGAGCCCGAGCCUGUAAAGUUGUCCAUUCGACCGGUGAACUGCGAUACUAGGUGGGAGACGACCGACGAGAGCGAAACAGAAGUUCUUGACGUGGCGAGAAGUAGGAGGUCUAAUGAAGCGAGCAUGAAGCGCAGCAUUCCGAAGGUCGCGUUUGAUAGCCAGGGUCUCAAGUUCGGGGACUCCUAUCUAUGUGCGCAGCAGUGUCGAGUGUUCUACCCGUUGCACACAUUUGCCACGGUCGCUGCGGACCUGUCCUGCCACUGUCACCAAGAACCCAUGUGCGACGAGCAAGAGCCUGGCGCGCACACUGUCGUUUGGUAUGACUGUGGUGCCAACGACGCACGGGUGGUGGCCAACAGCGAUGAAUGUGUGCCAGUCUUCUAAAGCGGGGCCUAUUUUUUGAGAAGAAUAUGGAGAAAUUCUAAUUCAAAGUCAUAAAACAAAGUCAGACUUGUGUCUGUCAUUGAUAGCACUUCCUUACACAUAUAGCGAUGUUGAAAGAGAGUCGGUUUAGACCUUCUAGUUUUUGGAAAAGUUUUUGUUUUACAGCUAGCCGGACCUUCGGUUGCGGCGCGCCCGGAACCACGGCUGAAGCGCAGUCGCUGGAUCUCGGUGUAAAAUCAGUUUUAAAUAUAGCGAUUUUUUUCACUGGCUUUCGCCUAAAAAUGAAUUGGAAUGGCCUUGCGUGUGCUAAACGUCUUACAUCACAGAGAGUUUUUUUUGUUUUUCCAAGAAGAACCUUGCUUCAUGAAUGAUUUGAUCCAGUUCCAGGUUUCGCAAAUACGUUUCGGUAAUCACACUGUAAAUGAUCGCAUGAUAUAUCAGAACGUAGCAACUACUUCGUAGCGCUUUCGAAAUGUAGUUUUUU